AUGAGGGAUCUGACCCACAUUCUCCUGAACCCACUGCAGCGGAGCAGACCAACUCACCUGCGGGGGUCACAGGGACAUACCAUCAACACCACAGAGAGGGGUCACAGGGACAAACCAUCAACACCACAGAGAGGGGUCACAGGGACAUACCAUCAAUACCACAGAGAGGGGUCACAGGGACAAACCAUCAACACCACACAGUGGGGGGGAGAAGGGACAAACCAUCAACACCACACAGAGGGGUCACAGGGACAUACCAUCAACACCACAGAGAGGGGUCACAGGGACAUACCAUCAACACCACAGGGUGAGGGGGAGAAGGGACAUACCAUCAACACCACAGAGAGAGGGAUCACAGGGACAUACCAUCACCACCACAGAGAGGGGUCACAGGGACAUACCAUCAACACCACACAGAGGGAUCGCAGGGACCGGCAGCAGAGGACCAUCAACGCUCCUCUGGUGUCUGCGGAAUGUGGAAAACUGAAGGAACCAGUGACGUCUGUGGUCAAUGUGUGGAAUGAAGAAGAAUCGCCUCAAGAAGGAACGGACCAGGAGCUUACACCAACCAUUCCUAAAAACGGCAUGUUGAGAGACCAGGGGGGAGGAGGGGGGAGAGGGGGGAGGAAAGUGUGUGGAGGUGACAGGCGCAGCGGCAGAGGAGGGUGUGGUGGGAGUGGGGGGGCUCCAGGGGGGGUCCUCUCCAUGGGUGGGUGGUUCGGCUUCACCAAACUGUCACCGGGCCUCUCCCCCCUCCUCACCCCCCUCCCCUCUGUGACAUGA